AUGUUUCACCAGUACUGCACUAGUGAUUUUGCAUCAGCAAAUUGGAUAAAUUAUUCUGAUCAUCAUGGUAAUAAAGGGUUUUCAUAUGAUGAUUAUCGAUGGACAGGUCCGUUGUUUUUCCAAGCACUUUUGGGUCUAUGCCAACUAACAAAUGAGACAAUUCAAAACGAUUUAGUUGUUUUCCGUUCGAGUAAAUACGUAACCUCCGUUGUGCAACCAGAAAUAUUAUUUUACUCUCAAACACAAUCACUCAUCGAUGUUUUCAUUUCAACGACGACAGACACGUUUUUUCAAGUGUUCAACAUGGCUCGAUAUAUAACUGAUAGUAAUCAGAUAGUUUCAGGUGUUGGCAGUAACUUCUAUGCCAUAGCACCGUCUGCACUUUCAAGCACACAUCCAGUUCAAUUUUUCCCGUCGUAUUAUUCGGACUGCUCGUGUUCUAUAAGAUCCUGGUGUAAUGAGACAACACGUGUCUACGAUUCCGAUACUGAUGACAUUCUGUAUGUGAUGCCUGGCCUCAUAACGGGAUGCACAAUCGUCUAUUCGGCACUUUACUCCAAUUUAAAAUGUUUUUAUAAUCAGUCAUGUAUCGAUGAGUCAAAGACGUUUAUGGGGUCAAUAUAUUCUCUAGAUGUUACGGCACUAAAUUCGUCUGCACAAAGUCAAUAUGAUCCAAAUUCAACGGUAGACGCAAUCCUUGCACAGCUUUUUGUUGAAAAGUGGAACUCAGGUGCCUCUUUCUCAUCCUAUUAUGAGCAGUGUAGACCCCUUCAAUGUACAUUCACUUAUUCGGGACGAAACAAUAUUGUCUACAUUGUGACAACCAUCAUUGGAUUGUUUGGCGGUUUAACAAAAGUAUUACUGGUCAUCAUCCCUUCUGCUUUAAAACUCGUGAGAAGAGGAAAACGACCAGCCGAAGAAUCUGAAGGUAUGAUAUUUAUUCAACAAACACAACAUUUAGAACUUUCAUCCUCUAGCCCUCACCCAAUCAUAUAAAAACGGUUUGAGAUGAACACACGAACUAAUUCGAGUACCACGAAUGGGUACAGACGAACGUUCAGUAUGUCCAUUCCAGAUUAAUUCUUCAACUUUUAGGUGGUCUCGAAUGGUGACUCAGAAUAGUCGCGCGGACGGGCCCGAGUGCCAUAUGCAGACGAGUCUUCUCUUUAUUUACGGGCCUAGUCUCAUAACCCGUCUCUUACUUGUUUCGAAACUUAGUACUCUCAAAUUGAGCGUAGAAGUUUUACAUUGUUUUUCGAUUGGAUUUGCAUGCACUCAAACUGCCCAACAUAAAGUAGGAUGUCAGGACUAUCUUUUAAUACAUAUUUAGAAGAGACGAGUUUUCGAGCUUGUUUUCUGAAAAUUGUUCUACUAUCUAUCUCAAAACAGAAUGGUCAUGGAUGUUUUCUGAGAAUCACGGGAUUGAAAAGAAUUACACACUUGCAGUUUUCAAUUCCUGAACGGAGGUGUCCGAAGACACCGGUCUAUGAUUAGACCAACCUGAAGCUACCACCUGCCGGUAAUGUACCUUGAAAAUCUUUUUUUAAGAAGAUCGCCAGAUCUUAACAAUGGAAUAUUUUCUUGCUUGCAGUUUUAAAAAAUCCUGCAUCUGGUACAAAACCGUGUAUUUUCUGAAGUUCUGAAGCCAUUCAAGUUAGUUUUGGUGUAAAAUUCUACAUCAUAGCAGAUGAGAAUCUUGAGUAUGGUGGAAUGUGUUGAUCACAUGUCGAUCUAUGUGAUGCUCAUAUAAAAGGAGUAGGUCACUUCGGGACGUUAAGAUCAUACAAUCUUCUAAAAAAAGAUUUCCAAGGUACAUCACCGGCAGAUGGUGACUUCAGGUUGGUUUUCGCAUAGAUCGGCGUCUUCGGAUACCUACAGGAAAUUGAAAACUCUUGUCUAAGUCUUUUCGAUCUCGUGAUAUUCAGAAAACAUGCAUGACCAUUCUAUUUUGAAAUGCAUAGCAGUUAGCCGAAAGAGACUAAGAACAUGAUCUGGUUACGAGAGAGUCCAAUUCUAAAGAAAGAUGUAACUUCUAGGUCAACGUACAGAACAUUGAUGUCUUCGUAGAUGUUGCACAGUGGGCAUUUCCUCAUAGAGCAGGCGGCAUUUUUUGCCGACAUAGUUUUUUUGAAUCCAAAAUCACUUUUUUAUACGUUUUCGCAUACGGUAUUUCCAGCAGCGAGGCAAAGGUGAGUCGCGGAGGGUUUUUCAGAGGUUUUCCAGGGGAGGAUUCCAGAGACCCAGGCUUCAAAUACCCCCUAGAAAAAGUUUGCAAUUGUUUUAAAGCAAAGUUUCAGAUUCGCCGUAACCUAAAACCUAUAAAUUUGUGCUUUGAAAAUAUUUGCGCGACGCUGAGAGGU